AGUAUCACUAUCAUCAAUUGUGGCGUAAUUCUUGAAGUUUAUUGAGACGGAUGUUUCCGCUGGAAUGAAAGGUGUGCUUUCAAGAACACAUGGGCUAGAAAUGCAUUCAUGGGCUGGACUUUCUGCACACACAAGCCCAUCAAGCAAUAAAACAAGAAUGGCCAUUCCAUACCCUGUGUCAGGUCUUGGACCAAACCGUAAACCUAGGAACUGGAUGCAGAACCAUGACAUUGGUGCUGUUGGUUGCUCAGAUCUCAGAUGAAGUCACGGAGGCGGUGCUGAAUUUAAGUCUCUGAAUUUGGCUGAUAGUUUGUUUUCUGUAAAGCAGUGUCUAACCGUGGAAAUCGUAUGCCUU